GGUCACGUUACCGAAUCAAUCACGUAUAAAACCGAAACUCGAGCAAUCGCAAGGGAUCAUUUUGUUUUCCAAACACACAUAAGAAGAUUCUAAUCAUCAUAAAACUAUACUGUAUACAGUUAAAUAAAAUAAAAAUGGUGGAGGUCCAAGAUUUGGAACCACUUAGCCCCAUUCAAGACGAUGAUUGCGAAGAAGACGAAGAUGACGAACUCGACCGUCUAGGUGAAGACAUCAGCUACGACGAUCUCAAGAGACGCAUGUGGAAAGAUCGAAACCUCAUGUGCAAGCUCAAACAGCAGCAGAAAGAUAACUCUUAUCCCUCGUCUCCCACGUCAACACCAUCUUCCUCUUCCUCUUUCUCAUCAUCAUCAGCUAUCGUGCGCCGAGCAGAAGCCUCACGCCGCAAGAAAAUGGCUAGAUCUCAAGACUCCGUGCUGAAGUACAUGAUGAAGAUAAUGGAAGUCUGCAAAGCCCGAGGGUUCGUCUACGGAAUCGUACCGGAGAAAGGCAAACCGGUAACCGGUUCUUCCGACAGCUUGAGACGCUGGUGGAAAGAAAACGUCCAGUUCGACCAAACCGCUCCGACCGCUGUUUCAGACUACUUAACGUUAGCGGCCGCUCAGCUAAUCUCGUCAAGCGAAUCUCUAGAUCCGAACUCGUACAUCCACAUGCUCCACGAGCUGCAAGACACGACGCUGGGCUCCUUGCUAUCGGCUCUGAUGCAACACUGCGUGCCGCCGCAACGGCGUUUCCCGCUGGAGAAAGGCCUGGCUCCGCCGUGGUGGCCGAACGGGAAAGAGAUGUGGUGGGGAGAGCAAGGAGCGACUGCGUUCGAGCACGGUCCCCCUCCGUAUAGGAAACCGCACGAUCUUAGGAAAGCUUGGAAAGUGAGCGUUUUAGCGGCCGUGAUCAAACACAUGUCGCCGAACUUGGAGAGAGUGAGACGGCUCGCGAGACAGUCAAAGUGUUUGCAAGAUAAGAUGAUGGCUAAGGAGACCGAUACUUGGUCUCGUGUGCUGAACCAAGAAGAAGCUCUUCUAAAACGCCUCAAGAUCUCUGACGACGACGACGAGGAAGUGGAAGUGGAAGUGGAUGAGGAGGAUCAAGAACCGGCGAUGGGGAACAAGAGAAAAGGUGAGUUUGUGGAAGAGGAAGCAGCGUUGUCUAACGUAUACACGUGCCAGAACACGAGCUGUCCUUCGAGCGAUGCGAGUUUAGGAUUCGUGGACAAGAAUCUGAGGACAGGACACGAGAUGGAGUGUCUCUACGGGACUCAAGAACCGAUAUACCAGGGCAGUGUUAGCUCGGAUGGGUUUGUUAGGUCGAUAACAACAACGAGUGACGAUGAUGAUAACGGUAAUGACACGACGGUUUAUCAGAAUCAAGACGGUAACUGGCUAGACUAUCUCUGGUUCGAGAGGUUGCAUGAUUUUAACUGUCCCGCGGUGGAUUUAAACCAAUUACCAGAUCAUUCUGUCUCGAAUCCGACAGUUAAUAACGAGGAAGACUUCUCGUUAUGGGACAUGGGUUGUGAAGACAGAGAUAUCUACAUGUCUCAAGAUUGAAAAAAGCUCUCUAGUUACAAUGUAUUAAAAAACAGAGUUAAGAGAAUAAUAAACAGAGGAAAAACAUUUUGUUGUUUGAUCCAAAAGCUAUACAAUCUCAAGAAAUAAUAUUUUCUUUUAAU